GCUCAGGCUGAAUACUUGACUCUGAUCGUCUCGUCUACCUUUGCUGCUUCUCGCCGAAUCGGAAUUCGCGUCCCAUCCUUGCUGUCAAAACCAACCACAACAAUGUCCGUCACUCUCACCGAAAACCGAACAGCCUACUCGCUGGGCAGGACGCUGGCCGACUACGACUUGCAACACAGCGGCGAGGAAAACGACGUCUCAGAGACUCCAAACUCUCGUCCUGCACCGCAAGGUGCCGGCAACAAUCCAACAGACUGGGAGGACAGCUUUCGCCGGGUUCCAGAUUAUCGCCCAGUCGACUAUGAUCUUGACUUUGCGUACCGUGACACCACACAAAACGGCAUCGAGCGAGCGUUCAUCUGGAACAUGUUCAGUGGAAUUGUGCUCACAUCGAAGAAGCCUGGAAUACUGAUGUUCAUUUGUAGGNCGACCAACAGACUUUGGAGAGCCACUGGAGGAAAGUUGAACAACACAUACUUCCGUUGGCAGGUUGGAGGAGAACAUUGA